UCAAAGGAGUAAUACGUUCUACAAAUGGUACAUGCUUCAGAUCACAAACAUGGGUAACAGAGAAGAAGGACGUAAUUACGAAGCCCUCCAACUGCCCUUGGUGCUGCAUGCAUUCACCAAUAUCAACGUUCAGUCCAUGUCAACCUUUGACCCACAUUCUGCAAGGACGAGCCACACAACGGCCGGCAUUAACCAGACUCAUGAGUACAGGUGGACGCAAAAGGCGGCUACCAAGCGCCUUUCCAGUAAUCGAUGGGACUUUGCAGCCAUUCUACAAACACGUUUAUGAAGCAAACCUAAGAAACAGUAUGGUUUGUGAGCAGCGGUUCAGAGAGAAUCAGGAGAAGGUACAGAAAGGGGGUGGGGAGAAUGCCAUAGCCAGACACACUCAAAGAAACAGGAAGGUUUUGGUCCGAGACAGACUUCGUAUGUUGCUGGAUGACGAGGAUUAUCUCGAACUUUCUCCUUUUGCUGGUCUUGGUUUACAUUACGGAGAUAUCCCAUCAGCAGGCUGUUUAACGGGCAUCGGUAAAAUUAACGGACUGUGGUGCGUUUUCAUUGCUAACGAUGCCACUGUGAAAGGAGGAACAGCUUAUCCAAUCACAGUUAAGAAGCAGCUCAGAGCUCAGGAUGUGGCCAUGCAGAAUCGCCUGCCCUGUGUUUACCUAGUGGACAGCGGUGGCGCAUUUCUUCCUCUUCAGUCUGAAAUUUUCCCUGAUAAAAACCAAGGAGGACGCUCUUUCUACAAUGAAGCCAUAAUGUCUGCCAUGAAGAUCCCUCAGGUGGCAGUGGUUUGUGGCUCCUGCACUGCUGGUGGAGCUUACAUCCCUACCAUGGCAGAGGAGGCGAUAAUCGUGCACAGAAUUGGGACAGUAUUUUUGGGCGGACCACCAUUGGUGAAAGCUGCCACAGGGGAGGAGGUGUCACCGGAGGACCUGGGUGGAGCUAAGUUACAUGCAGAGGUGAGUGGUUGUGUGGACCACUUUGCUGCGACAGAAAAAGAGGCGUAUGAACACACCAGGAACAUCAUUUCCACUCUGAACUUUGAGCUUCCUGAUGAGGGAGCAGAGGAUGUGGAGGAGCCUCUGUACAGCAUAGAGGAUCUUAAAGGUCUGGCCCCUCGCGACUAUAACCACAGCAUGGACAUUAGAAUGAUUGUGAGCAGGCUAACUGACGGAAGCCGCCUUCAGGAGUUCAAAGGUCGCUACGGAACCACGCUCCUAACUGGUUUUGCCAAAAUUGAGGGUCAUCUGGUCGGCAUUGUGGCAAACAAUGGAGAACUGACCUACGAGGCAUCUUUGAAAGGAAGUCAUUUCGUUCAGUUGUGUGACCAGCGAGAUAUUCCACUCAUAUUCCUCCAGAACACAGCCCCUUGCCCCCCCCUUACACCCUCACAAGCCAAGGCAGAAUCCAACACUAACAGGCUAAAAGCUCAGGGUUCCAUGAUGUCUGCCGUAGCGUGCGCCUCAACCCCCAAGAUAACGGUGGUCGUUGGGGGUUGCUACGGAGCUGACAGUUAUGCUAUGUGUGGAAGGGCUUUUGACCCCAACUUUCUUUUCCUUUGGCCAAAUGCCAGAGUGUCUAUGCUGGCACCGGGACACUCCGCGGCCUUAGUCCAAGAUGAGAAAGAGGCCACCGAGUUGAAUGAGAGGUUGGAAGAAGAGAGCUCUUCAUUCUUCUCGUCUGGCAGGCUUUGGGACGAUGGAGUGAUUCUUCCUCAACAUACCAGAACGGUUUUGGGCAACUGUUUGAAAAUAGUCAAGCAGCAAGAAUACCAGCUCUCAAGAGAAAAACUGAGGACUCCCGUACUCCGAAUUUGAUUGGGCUUAGGGAAGAACAUCAUUCAACAAACUGCCACUUUGGUGCCUCUCUGAAUGACUACUUGCUAAUCUUGUAGUUUAAAAAUAUUUUAAACCACGUUUGAUAUUUGUACUGUAACAGUAUGAUUGUUAAUCUAAUUUUGUAACCAAAACAUAGA